AGUAUUCUGACUGUAAGUUGCACGAGCAGUUCAUACGAAAAAGAAUAAAUUUUGUAAAUAAAAUGAAAACCGCUGUUGCUCUUUUGGCCUUAGUUGCCUUUGCCGCUUCCGCUCAUGUGGCCGAUCCCUUCGCUGAUCGUUCCAUCUCCAGCACCGUUGUCGAUGUCAUCGAAGGUAUCCGUGAUCAAAUGCCUUGCGGUUUCCCCGAAAUGGGCAUUCCUCCAUUGGCUCCCCUUAAGAUUGCCCACAAGGAAAUCAACAUUGAUUACCCCGCUAUUCGCUUGCAUGGUUCCGUCGAUAACUUCCGUUUGAAUGGCUUGAACGAUUUCGAUAUCGCCGAAAUGAAAGUCAAUGCCAUCACCAGCAAGGUCACUUUCCGUUUCAUCUUUAACAACGUCAAUGUUGAUACCAAAUACGAUUUGAGCAUGGUCUUGAAGAAGGCCGGUUUCACCAUCAACAUGAUUGGUGCUGGUCCCGCUAAAUUCGCCAUCAAGGAUAUGAACAUCUGGGGUACCAUGAAAUACUCCUUGGGCGUUUUGUCUGGCAAAUUGAAGUUGAAGACCUUGGAAGUCCGUACCCACAUUGGUGAUGUUGAGUCCGAAAUCGAAGGCAUGUUGGGUGAAGGCAUGGUCAACCACAAGAUGAACGAUGUUUUGGCUGAAGCCGUCGAAUUGGCUGUCAACGAAAAUGAGGAUAUGAUCGCCGAAACCAUUGAAGCCAUUGCUUUGCCCGCCGUCAACAGCGUUUUGGAUGAAAUGACUUUGGCCGAAAUCAUUGCUGGUUCUGGUGGUGAAGGUGAGAAGACCGAAUGUAUCCCCAUGCCCGAUAACUAAACUUUUUGGCAUUUGACAGAGAAAGUUAAUUUUUCUUUAUUUUAAGUUAUAUUUUUCAAAGAAAUAAUGAAAAAUUAAAGAUUAAGAAAAAUAAACAAAAAAACUUUUUGAAAGAAAAAAAUUUGAAAA